CUCAUACACCACACACCAAUCCACUGAUACUCCAAAAGAAAGUAAGCGUUUCUAAGAGUUGUUGUAGCAGAAAUCUUGAGAUAAAGAUGGUGGCAGGAAGCUUUAGUUUUGAGAUAGAGUCUCCAGUGGAGGCAAAAAGGCUGUGGAAAGCAACUGUGGACUCCCACAACACAUUGCCAAAGCAAGCACCAGGCAUCAUUUCAGGAAUCACACUUGCUCAAGGUGAUGGCGGAGUUGGCACCAUUCGACACGUUAAGUUCACUCCAGCCAACAAGGAUUUCAGCUAUGUGAAAGAGAAAGUGGACUUAAUUGAUGAGGCCAACCUGGUUUAUGGUUACAGCCUUGUGGAAGGAGGAAUGCUGGGGAAAAAGGUGGCGUCAGUAAGUGACAAGAUUAAAUUCACCCCCAAAUCAGGGGGUGGAUGUAUUACCAAAUUUAACUGCAACUAUGAUAGCCUCCCUGGUGUUCCCCAUGAUGAAGCCAAAAUUGAGGAGAUCAAGGCUAACAGCAAGGGUUUGUUCAAGCAGGUUGAGCAAUAUCUGAUUGCCAAUCCCACUUUAUACUGCUGAAACCAUCAUGGUCCCCCUCUCUCUCAAUGGCAAUAGCGCCACUUUAUCAAUAAAACAUAUCACUAUCUCAUAGUGAUAAAACUACUAGGAUUCCCCUCUUUCUCAAUAAUAAUGUGUGUCUCAGGGCAAUAGUAAAGUUUGGGAACUUUAUCAAUGUAGCCCUAGUUUUGUUUUUCAAUAGUAAAAGAAAAUGUGUGUGUUUUGUAAUAACGAGCCAAAAAGUGAGGCUUUCUUAAGUCUUUGUGGUCAUGUAGUUUUGAAAUAUAAAUAUAUAGCUUGAACUAAUUAUGGCUAA